AUGGCUGAAUUAGGAGAUUACGACAGAGAGCUCCACCCAGAGGGCUAUGUAUCUGAGUUCCGCUUUGUACCGAAUCAGACGGAAGAACUUGAAAAAGCUAUCUCAGAACAUCAUCAGAAACUCAGGGGUCUGCAACCAGCCAAAGCAGAGAUGGGAUUCCUGGACAGGGUGAAGCGGCUAGAGAUGUAUGGUGUGGACCUAUGUCAAGUGGUAGGCAUGGACCAUAUAGAGUACUUCCUGGGGACCACGCCCAAGGGUGUGGUCAUCUACCAUAACAAGAAGAAGGUGGCGUUAUAUAACUGGUCAAAAAUCAAACAAAUGAACUUCAGACUCAUGGAGUUCAGGAUCACUGUAGAAGGCAAGGAGUAUUCUUGGACACUCCCCUCACACUCAUCAUGCAAGCAUCUAUUCCAGUGUUACAUAGAGCAGCAUAUGUUCUUCAGGCUAAGGCCGUCCAUGCUCGAACGCAAUGGGACUCUUACCAAAUCACUCAAGAGCAAUGGUAGCAGAUACAGUUUCAGGACCCAGGAGGAGGCACUUCAGAACUCCAUGAGGCUGAGACGACCCGAGCCCCAGGUUCAGAGGGUUCCCAGCCGUCGCUACCUCAGGAGAGUCUCGGGCAAUGAUGCUGACCAGAGUCUCUAUGUCAACCAUUCUUCCUUGAUGAUGAAUGGAUCACCGGGUAUGGACGACGCAGAUGGUACGAUGAUGUCGUCCGGGAGAGUCGCCAAGUCUGUUGCUCCGGAACCAGUCAGGAGAACACACAGUCAGUUGAGUGGUCGGGAGAGUCCAACCUCUGGUAUCAGUAUCAGGUCUGUGCCUUGGGAUGAUGCCGAUGGAGCUCUAUCAGAUAGGGGUUUGUUUACACGAAGCGGCGAGUCUCCCGUACACAGACCAAGACGGCCUCACUCCAGAUCCUCGUCACCAGGCACUAGCAGGAGGAGACAUCACCAUGGCGACCGAUCAGGCAGCGAGACAGAAUCUAUCAGCUCCAGAAAGUACAGGUACAGAAGGUCGUUAACGGGAUCAGAGGCAAGUGGGGAUGAGACAAGCCAUCGGAGGAGAAGGAGAAGAAGAAAAUCUCGUGAUAGCAGUGGUAGUGAUGGUGAGGGAAGACAUCGGAGGAGAUCUAGGUCACGUGAUCACAUGGUCGAAUCCGAGUCUCAGUGGAACGCCGUCCAGACAGGAGAGUUAGAACAGAGUCGAGGGGAGGUGAGAGAACCAGGGGAAGCAAUCGUCAAGAAUCUUAAAAAUGGGUACAUUUCACCAGAGACUCCUGAGGGAUACAAGUGGUAUAAAGAAAGAAGACAAAUUGAGGACAUCAAAGCUUCUACUGAAUUGCGGAAACACAUCCAGCUUGGUCUUCAAGAGCCUUCUACAGAGUUGGAUCCUCUAGAUAUACCCUACACAAAAGUAGUUACUGAUGAUGGCGUUGCUAUCAGGGUAUCCCAUUCCCCUACCCGUCAGAGGUCACGUCCAUCCAGUAAUGUCUACAGGAGAAGCAGAGGAGACUAUCCCGAUGAAACAGAGAGUAUGCAUUCUGCUCAAGGAAGUGUGCGCUCUACGGCCACCCGCAAGACAGAUCCGGGCCCACAUAGAAGCCGGCAGAACAGAUACCCAAUGGCCUUUGACCUUGUUCAAUCUGGAACAGGAGGCGAAGGUCGUCCGACGAGACCGACGUCGACGUAUGAGAGCGAUGAUCAGCGGAGUGGCAGAAGAAGACACAAAAGACAACAAGACCAGGUAAAUGCCAAUGGGAGGCCCUCUAGGGCAGAGGCAAAUAGAGGAGGAGGAGAAGGAAGAGAUGAUAUACCAAGUUAUCUUCUCGCUCAGAGAGGCCAGGGGAUGUUCAGCCAUCAACAGCAAUCCGAAGCCGACCAGUAUGAUAGUGCAAUAAACCAACAAAAGCCUCCCAUGCCUUAUUCUGAACCACAAACAUCGACAGGGUCAAUGCAGUUUCAUGCCGACCAGCCACACCCAUCCACAUAUGCCCCGCCCCCUGGAUACACGUCUUCCCAUGCUCCUGUUGCCAAUGGCAACCCCAUCAGACCCAACCCUGCAUCUUCCGUAAGACCUGGCAUACAUCACACGAGAGAAGACUCGGGCUUUGAGCAAGAAGAGCCUACUACUUAUAACACAAGGUUGAAGCCAAGACCCGUCCAAACAAACGCCCCUCCACCUCUCAGAAAUAACCCCAGCCAGGCGGGCAACGCCUACCACCAGGGACACGCCCAGCAACCACCGCAUUCUUCCAUUCCGCAGCAUCACCCCGUCUCCAAGCAAGGACAUCCAUCAUCGAACUUUGCUCCUAACUCUGCUCCAAAAAACAAUCAUCCCAAAACUUCUAUGCUUCCACCAUCAUCAUCAUCAUCUUCCUCUACCAAUCAUCAAAAACCCUUCCCUCGCUCCCGUCCCUUGGGCGACAAGCAAAUCUCAUUGCAAGGCGACCAAUCCAGGCCUCGUGGAUCAGAUGGUUCUGUCAAACAUUUACAAAUUCCAAACGGUGGGCUUGAGCAACGCAGCAGCUAUAACUCUAACAUAAGCACGGGUAGCCACCAACUACCGCUACGGAACGGACUGCAUCCCGCUGCCGGUGGACGCCUUCAUUCCGGUGUUGAUAUCCUAGCUGUGAGUGAACUCCUGAAUGAACUUGACAAACUCGGCCAAGGAGCGAGGAGCAGCAAUCGAUCGGUCCGAUCCAGUCAUAGUAACUAUGAAGGGCAGGGUCCAUCGUCACGGCAACCAGCAGGGACCGAUAUCGGGAAGGGUAGCCAUGAGUAUCCUCCCACUUCUCGGAAUAAAGGUCGAGUCAGUGGUGGACAGAAACCGGAUUUCAUCCCUGAUGUUAAGCAUCCUCCCCCUGUUGUAGUCAAAGGAGGCGGCGGAAAAAGGAUGAGUAUCACCACUUCCGAGAUACUUCGAGUGAGCCGAUCUGAUGGCCACAAUCGCAAUCUACUGACAGAGCUCUGAUCCAAUGAUGAGUUUUUCUGAGCUAAACUGAGUUUAUGGCCUUUAUGGGACACAUGGCACGCCAUACACAGAUCCACACUCAAUACCAUAGUUGUGAUGGGCCGACUAUCGUGCAAAAACAAUAUGGCCCUUGAAAUAGUAUUCUGCCACUGCUAUGGACUUUCUUGAGGAGUUCAUCAGAAUAUAUAUUUUGCCGACUAUGAGGAAAGCUAGGGUUGGGGACAUCUGGGGCCCGUUUCAUAAAGAGUUACAACUGUUGUAACUUUGUCAUUAUUGUAACUACCAUGGUAACCUUGAUUGUGAUUGGCUGCUGAGCCCUGUUACCAUGGUAGUUGCCAUAAUAGCAAAGUUACAACAGUUGUACUUCUUUAUGAAACUGGCCCCAUAUCAAAUUAAAGCAGGUAGUGCAACAAGUUUCAUUUUCAAUCGAUCACCAAACUAUUUCAAAUUUGGAAAGGGUGAGAUCAGUAUUAAUUGCAAGAGGCAGAUGCAGCGAUUCAAGGUUGAUUUUGCAAUCAAAUGCAAGACUUGCAAUUGAAUUUGCAAUCAAAUGCAAGACUUGCAAUUGAUUUUGCAAUCAAAUGCAAGACUUGUAAUUGAUUUUGCAAUCAAAUGCAAGAAUUGCAAUUGAUUUUGCAAUCAAAUGCAAGACUUGCAAUUGAUUUUGCAAUCAAAUGCAAGACUUGCAAUUGAUUUUGCUAACAAAUGCAAGACUUGCAAUCGAUUUUGAGACUCACUUUUGAUUAUCCUGCAAUGCCUCUGAAGAUUGAUUGAUGUUGGAUUAAAUAUGACAGGCUGUUCUUGCCAUUGUCAAGCCCACAAUGGAUGUGCUAAUUUAACCAGUUACUUACUGGAGCGUGACGACCCAUGUCCAAAUUAAAUUAGCUAAUGGAUUCGGUAUUCACUUUCUUCAAGAGUGUACUGUUCAGAGAUAUAUAGGCAGAUUAUGAGAUACUAUUAAUUUUUUUAUAAUAAUAAUGAUGAAUAAUAACAUGUUUUUACCCAGUUUUUACCCAGGGUAGCCACUUCAGUUCCAAAAACUGUUCUCCCAGUGGGCCCUGCUAUGAUUAUUACCUCGUCUUUAGCUUGGCUACCUAGGCUUCACAUGAUUAUUUUAUUACCCCGGCUAUAGCCGUUAUGCCUACAUGCGCUGGAGCAUUCAAGGAAUUUCUUCCUACUGGGUACCCAUUUACCUCACCUGGGUUGAGUGCAGCACAAUGUGGGUAAAUUUCUUGGUGAAGGAAAACACGUAAUGGCUGGGAAACGGACCCACGUCCCUCAGAUUAAAAGACGAGAGUCAUAAUCACUAAACCAUGACACCCCCACAUUUCACCAUGAGGCAUAUGUCAGCACUGUUGAGAAGAAACAAUGGCAUGAAUGGCCUGUCAUAUUUAAACCUAAAAAGUUUGUAAUCUUAACUCCUGUUUAUCUUAAAACUGUGGUCUUAAUAUCUGGUUUAUUUGAAACUGAUCUUUAACAGUAUAGUUACUGAACAUUUAGAUGCUAUAUUUAAUUGGCACACAAAGUAUGAAUAUCUGUCUGGAAAUGAUAAAUCAUUAUACCAUUAAAUAAUGAGAAAAGAGCCCGGUGAAUUGUAAUAAGAAAAACAAGUGUCUGCAAGUUGGGACUUUUUUUCAGCUUCCCGUAAUGUUAGCACAGAGUUAGGUGUAAUCCGUGUCUUAAAUUAAAUCAGAGUUCACCAAGAAAACAGCAAUCUUUUUCCUCAACGACGUCAUGUGUAUCUGAUGUUACAUUUUAACCUUUCAUAUGCUGCUUGAAAAAACCUGCUUUUCUACAUCCUUUAUAUAUCCAAUCAUGUUUUUGACAUUGAACUAUGCAGUUAACCUUACCAGUCUUCUUCGACACUUUUGCUUGUAUUGUAAUGAAAAAUUGUGUUUAUUCAUUGAGAGAAAUGUUCAUGAGAAGAAAGAUCUGUAUUUCAUUCAUCCCUGGAAAAUUAUGGCCAAAAAAGACAAGGAAAAAAAAGAGAUUGUGCAGAAAUAAGUAAAACAGUCACCUUUUCUUGAAUAAGUGUACUUUCAGUUAAAACAACAAUAAUGUCAAUCAUAAUUAUUGUAAUAUGCCUGUAAUGUGUAUUAAGUAUAACCAAUUCAUUAUAAAUUUAUUUUCUAGAACUUAUCAAAUAUCGAACCCAUAGCUCUGACACCUUGAACAAGAAAUAAAAGUAUUCACACCUUUUUUUCUUGACAUAAUAUGGAUGAAUACCAGAUAUUUUACAUAUUUUGUGUCAUUAGACAUUUUUUAUAACAGAGAUUGUAUCUUUCUUAAUACAUACGUAAAUAAACUAUACCUAAAUAUAUCAAACUCAUCAUUUAAUCACUUUAUAUACACAGAAUAAAUGGCUCCUUGAUAAUCGCAUCAGGGUCCUGUCUCAUAAAGAUAUGCAAUCAAUAUUUGUAAUUGCUUGUAAUGUUUGUAUCAUAGACUUAACUGUAAAAUUGAUUGUAGGUUUCAUGUAACCGGGUCCGAACAUUUCUCUGAAAUAAAAUCCUGUUGAUAUCAAUUAUGCACAAAUUAGGGCAAUUUAUAUUUCUAAAGCAAACAGCUGCAUGAAUAUUAAAGCUUUUAUCUAUUUAUUUUUUUCCAGUUGUGCUAAAUAGCAUCUUAUCUGCAUCACAAGCACGUUUCAUUGUAUUAUGUCCAGAGUAACUUUUACAUUAUUAUUGUGUAUAUAUGAUACUGAAUAGCAAAUGUGGCAAUUUAUCCCAAGAUGGUCUUCACAGAGAUGGUUCACAAUAAUUUAGUUAAAACUUGUAAGGAUCAAUAUCUUUAAAGGUCAAGUCCACCUCAGAAAAAUAUGGAUUUGAAUUAAUAAGGAAAAAUCAAACCAGCAUAACGCUGAAAUUUUCAUCAAAAUCGGAUGUAAUAUAAGUGAGUUAUGACAUUUGAAAUAAUGCAUUUUUUUCCAUAAAACAGUUACAUGCGCAACUCGGUGAUAUGCAAGUAAGAGAGUUGAUUAUGUCCCUCACCAUUUCUUUUGUUUUUCAUUGUUUCGAUUAUACAAUAUUUCAAUUUUAACGAAUUUGACAAUUAGGGCCUCCUUGUCUGAACCAUAAAAUCUUAAAACAAUGGUACAUCCACAUGUCCAGAGAGAAAUAGACUUUUUUUCACAGGCAAUGAAAGGAAAAUUAGAAUAAUUUAUAUUUCAUAUAAUAAAAUACAAUCGAAAUAGUGAGUGGGUGAUGUCAUCAAUGAUCAUUCCCUCAUUAGCAUACUGACCAGUGUGAAAUUAAGUGAAAUUUGAAAUAGUCAUAUUAAACUUUCUUUUUUUACUUCCAAUUUUGAUGAAAUUUUCAGUGUUACGCUUGGUGGAUUUUUCUGUUUCAUAUAAAUAAAAACUUUGGGGGGGUCGGACUUGUCCUUUAAGAACUCAUGAAAAGAACAGCUUGUAUUCAAGAGCCUUUCAUUUUUAAACUAAAAAAAAACUCUUACUGCAAUGUUUCUUAAUUCGAUUUACAAAAUUAGAUUCAUAAAAAUUACAGUACUUUCAAAAGCACAAUGAUAUUAAUGUGUUAUUGAUGUUAUCUAUAAAAUGCUGUUUUUGUAUAUUUUUGCUCUGAUUUCUUUCAUUUGUGAAUCAUGAGAGGAUUUUUUUAGUCUUUCCGAUUUUAAAUGAUUUUAUUAUUAGGCAUAUCUGUAAAUUUUGCUUGGAAAAGAAGUAUUAAUGUUAUUGCAAGUUGGUGGAGUGCCUUAAGUAUGUUCAGUUUUUAUAUCGCUUCAAUUUGGUACAUUUUUAUCGUCCCAUGGAGUAUCAUUCUCCUUGCAAUUUGAAGUAAGCAUUUUAGAGUUGUCGGGUUUUGCUAUUUUGUAAUAAGCGAGUUUAGCUCAGUGAUGCGGAAUGAAUCCUACGAUGCAAGUAAAAUCACAAUGAAGUCUUUCAAGGGUCGGUGAAUCGAAACAGCAAUUUCAUCCGAUGUUUUAGAGAUGACAAAGUCACAAAUAUGUCCUUUGUCCAGAGUCACCGACGAAGCUGCCGUCUCGUUUCACCAGCUCUCGACAAAGACUCCAUUGUCAUGAAGGGCAUUUGACAAUAGAUUCUCUACGUUCCAGAAAGUGUCUGUGUAGCGGUUGUGAAAACUCCCUCAUAUCUCAUUCAUUGAGAUAUUCAAAGCAUGUCUGAGUGACUGGGACACAUGGACCCAAAAUGUAAAAUAUAAUUUUUUCAGUGUCAAAAUUGAACAGUGAACAGGGGGCACUGUGAACUUUCCCCAAGGCCUGAAUUCGUAAAAGGAGUUCAUUGGAACCAUGGUUUUAGGUCAAAUAUUCUGUCAAACCCCUUCCCUUACUUUUGAAAGCAUGCAUCUUCACAGAUCCCAGUCCUAUUUAGGUUUCCUUAUCGGUUGCAUGGGCUGUGUAAAUGCAUUCAUUCUCCUUUCUACUUCUAGAUAUUCAAGCAGUACCCAUUCUUUUAACAUCGUAUUUGAAUUUAUUUUUAGGUUACAUUUUAUAUCAACUUGAAAUGGAACCCUGGAAAAGAUGGUUUUAAAUCUGUGACAUAAUUUUGCAUCUGUGGAAUAUGGUACAGGAUCCGCAAAUUAGCUUCUGCUUGAGGAAAAAGUAAAAAUACAUUAGAAACAGAAAUUGACAGAAAGAAAAAUGUCCCUCAAAAAUUUCAUUUUCUCUCAUAAUUUCUGUGAAGUAUAUGUAUAUAUCAACAUCAAAGGAGCAUUUUGGUAUAAUCCUACAAAAUACCCUUUCAGGUUUUUUCAAAGUUCUAUUGGUAUUGUGUAAUUUCAAGACAGCCAGUUACGUACCCUUGUGUACUAAAUUAAGGAUAUUGUAUUUAUAUUUAUUAUCAUGAUGCAGUGAGCUAUGUAAAUUUUAAAUCCAUUUUUUAGAUAUUUUUUUAAAUGCAAGUUUAUGAAGGAAGGUCACAUGUGCCUAUUUAAAUGAAUGGAUAUUUUGAAGUAAAUUCA